AUUGCAGCAACCGCUGUCAGUGUCAGAACGAGGCUCUCUGCAAUCCCAUAACUGGCGCCUGUGUCUGUGCAGAUGGGUACAAAGGAUGGCGCUGCGAAGAGCUCUGCAACUCUGGGACUUAUGGAAAGGGCUGCCAGCUUAAAUGCCAAUGUCAAAACGGAGCUACCUGUGACCAUAAAACAGGAGAAUGUCAUUGUGCUCCUGGAUACACAGGGGUAUUCUGUGAGGAGCGUUGCCCUCCUGGCAGCCAUGGAGCUCAGUGUGAACUGCGCUGCCCGUGCCAGAACGGAGGGAUCUGUCACCAUAUCACUGGAGAGUGCUCCUGCCCCGCUGGAUGGAUGGGUUUUGUAUGUGCCCAGCCAUGCCCUUCUGGGACCUUUGGAAUUAAUUGCAGCCAGGAUUGCCCGUGCCAUAAUGGGGGACUGUGCGAUCACGUGACAGGGAGAUGCCUGUGUACAGCUGGAUAUAUGGGAGACAGGUGUCAGGAAGAGUGUCCCGUCGGGAUGUAUGGCUUUCAGUGCACUCAAAAAUGCAACUGUCAAAAUGGGGCAAAGUGUUACCAUAUAAAUGGAGCAUGUAUGUGUGACCCUGGAUUUAGAGGGAUUCAUUGCCAGGAAAGGAUGUGUCCAGAAGGGCUUUAUGGCCUGAAAUGCAGCAAGAAAUGUCCUUGUCACAUAACCAACACUCUCAGCUGCCAUCCAUUGUCUGGCGAAUGUAGCUGCAAAGCUGGCUGGGCAGGACUGUACUGCAAUGAAACCUGUCCUCCUGGAUACUAUGGUGAAGACUGCCAGCUGACCUGCCUCUGCCAGAACGGUGCAGAUUGUGAUAGCAUUACAGGCAAAUGCACCUGUGCUCCAGGAUAUAUGGGAGAUGACUGCUCUAUUACUUGCCUGGCUGGAACCUAUGGAGCCAACUGCUCGUCAGUUUGUAACUGCAAAAACGAUGGUGCCUGUUCCCCCGUGGAUGGCUUGUGCAUUUGCAAAGAAGGAUGGCAGGGGGUCGACUGCUCCAUUCCAUGUUCAAGUGGAACUUGGGGUCUGAACUGUAACCAGACGUGUUCCUGUGCCAAUGGAGCAGCUUGCAACCCAGUGGAUGGCUUUUGUCUUUGUUCACCUGGAUGGCAGGGGGAGUACUGUGACCAGCCAUGCCCUGAUGGAACAUAUGGUCUUAAUUGCAGUGAGCGCUGUGACUGUAGCCAUGCAGAUGGGUGCGAUCCUGUCACUGGUUAUUGCUGCUGUCUUGCUGGCUGGACAGGCAUCCGCUGUGAUAACAUGUGCACCCAGGGCCGCUGGGGGCCAAACUGCUCCAUCUCUUGCAACUGUGAGAACGGAGGAUCCUGCUCACCAGAGGAUGGGACCUGUGACUGUGCUCCAGGAUACAGAGGACCGAUGUGCCAGAGAAUUUGUUCACCUGGCUUUUAUGGGCAUCACUGCAGUCAAGCCUGCCCUCAGUGUGUGCACAGCAGUGGGCCAUGUCACCACGUGACGGGACAUUGUGAUUGCUUGCCUGGUUUUUUUGGUCCACUCUGCAACCAAGUGUGUCCCAGUGGAAAAUAUGGGAAGAACUGUGCUGAAAUCUGUCAGUGUACCAACAACGGGACUUGCAACCCUAUCGAUGGAUCUUGUCAGUGCUUUCCGGGCUGGAUAGGCAAAGACUGCUCUCAGACAUGUCCCGUUGGGUUUUGGGGCCCAGAUUGCUUUCACACAUGCAGCUGCCACAAUGGAGCAAUGUGCAGUCCUCAUGAUGGAGAAUGUAGAUGUACUCAUGGUUGGACUGGACUCUACUGUACUCAGCGUUGUCCAGCAGCCUUUUAUGGAAAAAACUGUGCCAAUGUCUGCCAGUGUCAGAAUGGAGCGGAUUGUGACCACAUCACUGGGCAGUGCACUUGCAGAACUGGAUUUACGGGCAAACAGUGCGAGCAAAAGUGCCCACCUGGAACGUUUGGCUAUGGUUGCAAACAGCUGUGCGAAUGUAUGAACAAUGCGACGUGUGAUCACGUCACAGGAACCUGCUACUGCAGCCCAGGCUUCAAAGGGAUCAGGUGUGAUCAAGCGGCUCUUAUGAUGGAAGAAUUAAAUCCCUAUACUAAAAUUAGCCCUGCUCUUGGAUCAGAGAGGCAUUCAGUGGGAGCAAUCAUUGGAAUUAUUAUUCUCCUUCUAAUUAUUAUGGUCUUGCUGGCACUGUUUGUGUGGUAUCGACGGAAACAGAAGGAGAAGGGGCAUGACAUGCCAAGUGUAUCUUACACUCCAGCCAUGAGGAUGACUAAUACAGAUUACUCACUUUCUGAUGUAUCUCAAGGUAGCGGCAGUGUACACUGUUUUUCCAAUCCAAGCUACCAUACUCUGUCAUGUGGUGUGACUUCACGCUUCUUUACCAAUAAUCUGGAUGGGAACAGCUCCAGUAAGCUCAGUAACAAAAUCCUUGACAGAGAAACUGCAGACUGGAGACGGUACAGCUUUCUGAAUGAACUAGGUGCUUGUGGGAUGGAUAGACGUCAGAACACAUACAUAAUGGAAAAAAGCUUCAAAGACUAUAUGAAGGAAUCCGUGUGUAGUUCUAGCACGUGUUCCCUGAACAGCAGCGAAAACCCCUAUGCCACCAUUAAGGAUCCACCCAUCUUAACAUGCAAACACUCCGAGAGUAGUUAUGUCGAAAUGAAAUCACCCGUCCACCGGGAGUCUCCAUAUUCAGACAUGCCAACCUCAUCAACGGCUAAUAAAAAUAUAUAUGAAGUUGAGCCCACAGUCAGCGUGGUUCAAGACGCACGUGGCCGUACUGCUAGUUACAUCCAGAACCCGUACGACCUGCCACGUAACAGCCACAUUCCUAGUCACUACGACCUCCUUCCCGUAAGACACAGCCCUACACACGGGACAUCUUGGGACAAGCAGUCCUAAAGAGAUAAGCGUCGCUGUCGCAACGUGCUGCAAACGUUGGCGCCGAGACAGACGAGACGACAAUCCUUUUUUGUUCCACGGUUGCUGACGGGACUUGAACUAGCAUUUCACAAGGAACCUAACCUGAGCAGAACAUCCGUUUGGGCCAACUACUGCUGCAUGAUAUUAUUUAAACAGACAUUUUUCUAUGGAUCACAGACAACUGAAGAGCCUCCCUCCACCUAUGACUGGAAUCAUCAACCAAGGAAGCUGUUUACAUAGCCCAGUCAAAAACUCUACAUUCGCUGCAUUUUUAACUUGAUUUUGCUGUAAGAUAAAACAAAAUCAUGAGCUGUAAAGUACUUAAACCUUCAGCUGUACAUUUUGGCCACCUCCAUAGAGACCUUUACUGUUAGAAGCAAGAUGUCUAGAAAGAUGCUGGAAUAUAUAUUUUACAUGUUCGCCCUGGAAAAGGACACACUCUCAAAGAUGCUAGGAAAGAAUGUGGAUUAAAUCAGCUGGAAUAGUUUUUGAACCUUGGUUAAUGCCAUCACCAUAGUCAUUCCAUAUACGAGAUGUUUUUAUUCUGGGGAAUUACUUCUGUAAUAUAGUCCUGUUUGUACUGGCUGCGAAGAUAGCUUAGUAGAGAACUAUUAUGUAUAGACAGCCUGUGGUUACUCUCAGUGCCUCAUGCACAUUUUUUUCUUUUAAGGAUGCGACAUCUUCACAGAUAUCCAGUGGUCUGUAACGAUGGAGUCCAUUUACAGCGAGUCUCACGUCCAACGUAUGCAUUCUGGCACCGUACAAUCCUUUGAUAGGUCUUAGUUUCCCCUAUACGGCCACUGUUUUAUUAGAUAUGUUGGACCAGAUUAUAAAACAGGUGCAAAACGGCAUCUCUUUCCAUUGAUUUCACUGGAGCUACGCAGGUUCUCAGCAGCUGAGGAUCUAAGAUAUUGUCCACAUUUCAAAAAAAUCUGAGAUAUUUUUUUUUUUGUCCACGCCCAUGACAGUAUAAAGCUACAAGGGGUUUGCUAAAUCACCUUUACAAAACCAUUCCAUCAGGGCUAAAUUAAUUGCAUGCCAUUUAGACUACAGAACCGUAAACUUUUUAAUCUGCAUCAACAUGUAGGGCAACUUCCAGUGAUUCUAUCUGAAACAUCAUUACACUGAGCUGUAACUAGAUUUCCUUCUUAAACAGCUGUUUGUGGAAUAAUUAACAUGUGGUUAGCCUGUGGUAUGGCUUUGGAAGAAGCCUCCCUGACCAUCUUUUGUAACCCUUAAUCGACAUAGAGAUUAGAAUACUUGCUGUUAAGCAGUUCCUUGUAGAUCUUGAGCAUGAAGUAGUAUUGAUUCUAAAUAUGUAACUUUAUUAGGCAAAUGCAGGAGUAGCAAGUUGAUUGCUUCUUAAAUAUAAAAAAGUCUGUUGUGCAUUCACUAGUCUGAUGGAAACGCAAGAGAAAUAAAAUGCGCUGGGACUGGUUUGUCAAGGCAGGAAACAAUGGCCUACAAGACUAGGAGGAAGGUCCAGAGCCGGGGUUUGAAUCUGGCUCUGGCAAGGAGUCAUUGCCAUUUGAUGACCAGCUUAUGUGAAAUAAAGCAGUGGUGGCCACUGUCUCGUUCCUGCUAACAGGGGUUUAUCGUCCCAUCAGCUGGUACCCUGGGACGCGCUUGCCAGCAGGCCAGCAACUGGAUGCACUGUGGAGACUCCCCCUUCAUCGCUGGGGUUGAGGCAUAUGGGCAGGGUGAGCAACUCUGCACUGACACAGCCUACGCUAUGUUUCUGUGACUGCGAGUUGGUUCAGUCAAACACCACGCAUCGAAUUUACUUGCGACAGGGCGGGGAGAAGCACUGGUGAGACUGCAUGAAAGAUUGAAAGCUUUCCUGGGUGGAGGCAGGUACAAGUUCCAGACCCCUUUGUGCAAUUCGACAACUUCUGCAGUUCAGGCAAUGAACUCCAGAGAUCUUCCCCCAUGAAGUGAGAGAGAAGCAGGUUUUCAUGUUGCAGGACAAUGCAUCACUAUUUACAUGAAUGCUGCAUGCAUGCAUGGGGGCAAAUGAUUGAUCAGCAAUAGUUAAUUUUACUUUCCAGAGAAGCCUUAUUCGAGAUGCAACAAUUAUUUUGUAGGACCAGGUAGGGAUAUAUUUUACUUACACAUAGAGAAAGACUUACCUCAGAAAUAACAAUGAAAGGCAGUUCAAUUAAAGGCAGGCUUGCUAGAGACCUAUCAUCGAUCUAGCACUAGCACAAGCAGUCUCCAUUGCAAGCCUAAGCAACGUAUGUGUUUGCAUUUCUGUUCAGUUUGAGACGAGACUCUGGAGAGCAGAAAGAUGCUCGACUUUCAAAAGCUGGAUUUCCAAACCAAAUGAAGUGAUGUGCAUAGAGCUUAACCAGGAGAAAAUAAAGCAAAUCCAUUCUUGUAUAUUAGCAUUAGUUUAGACACCAAAAUGGCAAUACUUUUUUAAAGCAAGACAGAUUUGUAAUAUAUUUGUUCACUGUGCUAAGGAACCACCUUGUACAAAAUAAACUGAAUUUCUCUCAACGUGCAUUUCUCAAACGUGCUCAUUCGCAGCCUAAAACCUCACAGACAAACAGCACCGUGCCACAGGACGGGUUAGCAAAGCGUUUGUGCAUGCCCAGCUGCCCCCGGACACACGCUGCCAGCAUCUGAAAAGCAAAAGUGGACUCCGACAUUUCUGAGAAGGAGCGAGUGAGAAACAGAUGAAAUCAUUCAGAGAGCAAUCCCGGAGCC